AUGACUAAAGCUCCAGCCUCCCCACUGGAGCGACUGCUGUGGCUCACUCCAAAGCUUUGGUUCACUCCAUUGCUUUCGCUCUCUUUGGGCCCCGGUGGAAUUGCUGGCCAAGCUACGGCGGCCCCAGCAAAGCUGACCAACAAAUGGGCACUGCGCCAUGCUUGGUAUUCGACACCCCGGACAGCGCAAGAUGCGCAGACACCAGCUGCUGGGUUGGUGGGGGGCGCAAGCAGCGCGGUUAAUUGGCAGACCACCUGCAUAGGGGCGUGUCUGAGCUGCGUGCUUUGCAUUGCACUGGCCUUGCCUGGUUUGUGCGCUGAACUAUGUUGUGUUGGCGAUUCCAGACUCUGA